UAUUUGAAAAAGACUUUUGCCAGAAAACCUGGGAAUUAGCCAUAAUCGUGAAAAAAGGACGAUUUUCUUGAAACGAGAGAUUUAAAAACAAAAAAGAACGGUAUAGAGAUAUAUAUAUGGUGUAACGAUGACAUUGGACAUCGACAGAACGCUCCAAUGAUUCAACCGUAUCUUAUGCUUUGCCCUAGACACGUGGCGCUUUGCCAUUCGAUCAAUCUCCCGUUGUCCCCGUUUGAUUUAUCUCUUCGGCUCACCGGAUAGACAUAGAAAGGCUAGAGAGAGAGAGAGUGAUAGAAACAGAUGAGCUGUGGCGCACGCUAAGAUGCGCCCCGAAAUGGCGCAGGAUAAGUCCACCGUCGACACCUUCAUGCUCCGGUAUCGUCCGAUCGCUCCGAAGCCGAUGACCGGUCAACCAUGCGCCGGAGACAGCAGCAAAUCAUACGGUACGAGCAAAAGAACAAAGAGAAAAUACGUUAGGGUUUCGAAGAAUAAUAAGAAUAACUGUAGAAGAAAAGACAGAUCUGAAGCAUCUGAUCUGGAGAAUGACACAUACCUCGCCGGAGAUAUCGUAACGCUUCAGCUCCUUCCGCAGAAAUCCGAUCAGAACGAAGAAUCUACGCCGUUGGGCUCGGAGAAUCUCGAUCCGACGGUGGAAACGAUAACUGGGGAGAAAUCCCACAUGAUGGGAACGUGGGUCAUCGUCGACGGCGGUGCUCCGGUGGAUCCGAAGGGCGAGAUGCGGCGGAUGACGGUAGUAGAGACAUGGGUGACGGUGGAAUCCGUCACCGGAGCAUACGACGACGGUGGUUUGAGUUCCCAUGCUUUGGGAUGUACGGACGUGGAGAUUGUGGAGAUCUUAGAUAAGGACACGUGUCCAUGGUUCAUAUCCGACGGCUCAAACCGCGUCAUGUGGGUAAACGACGCUUACCGGAGGAAUAUCGUCGGCGGAGGAGAGUCGCCGGAGGUGGUGGUGCGGCUGGCGACGGACGAGACGGCGCCGUUUCGUGGAUAC